AGACGCCAGCAGACACACAAACACGCUCCCUCUCAGUUACAUCCACAGUCACACACAUACAGCACCACCGCCGCUGCCUCCACCAGCACUACUCACACACUCAGACACAGUGACGGCUGCCAGGCUCAGUGGGAAGCAAACCGUCAGGGAAAGAGCCUGAGAAGAAAGAGAAGAUCGCCGAGAAGAAGAGAGAAAAGAGUUGGAGGGGCACCUUGUGAAUCAGAGGGGAUUUUCCUUUUUUGUGAGAGUGCGUCUGGAUAUCAACCUUUCACCAAGGCUUUUUUCCCCCUCUUUGCUCAUCCUCCGUGCAAGACUCCAGCGAUAUCUACCUAUCUAUCCUUGGAGCUUAACAAAAGAGGGAGGGAGUGAGGAAAAAAAAACAGUCACAGCUUCAGAUCCAGACCACCCUCUCCUCUCCUCCUCCUGUUCUCUCUCUCCGGUUCAACAUCCAUGUGCAAGUUCAUCGCUGAUUCCUGUGUCUUGAGGAUAGACCAAGAAGGACGCCGUGUGUUCUUCAGGAUACAGCUGGGCUCCCGUUGGGAUCAGACUUCUCCUUUGAUUUAAGAGGGGAAAAGGACUGGAUAAAACAGAACAACAGACAGAACAAGAGAAAGAGAGACAUUGGAGGAAAAAAUUGAAAGGCAUGUUCAGGGCACCGGAGAAGAGGAGUGAUUCUAAUUUCUAAAUCACAUAGUGUCAAAAAGAGGCAAGCAGAGCGCAACCAUUAAUUCCACAUCCCCCUCUUCCCGCUCCUUUUACCCCCUUUUAGUCCUACGCUUUAGUUUUCCCUUUUUUUUCUUUCUUUGACCACUAUCCUUCUGAAUUUUGCUUUUCUAACCCCACACAUCUGUCUCCCUAAAUUAUCCUUUUCUGCUACCCUGGCUUUACGCAAUCCAAACCCCCCAAAAGACAGUUCCUUGCGAGAUCCGGUCAGACUGAAAUCCCAUGCACAGUCCAUCCUCCUGUCCAUCCCGUAUGCUUUGCAUCUAAAACGCUAACAGCAAGAAAAAAAAUCCACUCUCCGAACACCCCCCCUAAAGGAUCCAGGCCAGUGGUUGGAAGUGACCAUACCGAACCUGUGAGCUACUAUCUCCAUCCUUCAGCACCUUCAGUUGGAUUCUAUCUACAUGGGAAAACGUUUGGAGCAGCAGCCAAUGUACCCCCACUACACCUACUACUACCCCCACUAUCUCCAGACGAAGCAGUCCUAUGCUCCUCCUCCUCAGCCGAUGGCUCCACCCAGUCCGGGCACAACAGGAGGAGGUGGUGGUCAUGGAGGAGGGCUAAUGGAGCAACUUAGUAAGACCAACCUGUACAUCAGGGGUCUACCACCAGCCACCACAGACCAGGACCUUAUCAAACUCUGUCAGCCAUAUGGGAAGAUUGUAUCAACAAAGGCCAUCUUGGACAAAAACACUAACCAGUGCAAAGGCUAUGGCUUUGUGGAUUUUGACAGCCCUGCAGCAGCCCAGAAGGCUGUGGCCUCACUUAAAGCAAGUGGAGUCCAGGCACAGAUGGCGAAGCAACAGGAGCAGGACCCCACGAACCUCUACAUAUCUAACUUGCCUGUGUCGAUGGAUGAGCAGGAGCUGGAAAACAUGCUAAAGCCCUUUGGCCAUGUUAUUUCCACCCGAAUACUAAGGGAUGCCAAUGGUUUGAGCAGAGGAGUUGGCUUUGCAAGAAUGGAGUCGACAGAGAAGUGUGAUGUGGUGAUUCAAAAUUUCAAUGGAAAAUUUUUGAAAACCCCUCCAGGCAUGACAGCUCCUGCAGAGCCUUUGUUGUGCAAGUUUGCGGAUGGAGGCCAGAAGAAGAGGCAGAGCCAGGUUAAAUAUCCCCAGAAUGGUCGACCAUGGACAAGAGAGGGAGAGAGUGGUAUGGCGUUAACCUACGACCCAACGGCAAUGCAGAAUGGAUUCUACCCUUCACCCUAUAGCAUCUCGACCAAUCGGAUGAUUGCACAAACAUCAAUCACGCCCUUCAUUGCUGCUUCCCCUGUCUCCACAUAUCAGGUCCAGAGUACAUCAUGGAUGCCACAUCAACAAUAUGUUAUGCAACCUACAGGUGCUGUGAUAACCCCAGCCACGGCCAUAGAGCCCAGCUUGUCUCUUCACCCAUCCAGUGUCAUGGCUCCUCUCACCCAGCAGAUGAACCACCUCUCUCUGGGCCCAACAGGCGCUUACAUCUCUGCUGCAGCGGCUGCUCCUAUGCAAGGAACCUACAUUCCCCAGUACACUGCAGUGCCUGCCUCUGCCAUUACAGUGGAUGGUGUGGUGACAGACCCAUCUCCACAGACAACUGCCCCCUCCUCACAGGACACCAGUGGGCAGCAGCCUUUAUCAGUGGAGAGCUCAGCAGAUCAUGCCACAGCCUACUCCUACCAGCAGACAAAGUAAUGAACUUGGUAGAAAUCAUUGCUGCAUUGCCUUUAGAGGGACUGCAUGGCGGAGAUGGAGACAGAAAAAGAAUCAAAUUACAACAGAGGACAAAAACACAGCAGUGAUUUGGACGUCGCGGACAGGAAAAAUACUUCCACUCUUCACAGGAACCAAAUAAAUGCUGAACAAAGCUAAUUAUCCUUCAUAGCUGUUUGAACCAAGACAAAGACAGCUAGAAAAAAAACAAAGAAUGUUUGUUGAACUACAAGACAAUGAAAUCAAUCUCAGUCAAAGACUGAUUGAUUAUUUCACAUUUUGAGACUGUUUUUUUCCCCUCUGGAGGAAUUAAAAUAUAAAUAUAUAUAUAUAAAAGACUUAAAUCAGAACUCAUCCAACUGUACAGAAAAAAAGGAGAUUUCAUUUGAAUGUGCAGGUAGAAUUUUUGACUUUUUUAUCAAAAAAAUAAAGGAAGCAAUGUCUAGAAGAAAACACACUGUCUUCCUCUGAAAUGAAGCUGUUCUUUUCAUUCUUUUAUUAUUUGAGUAGUUUUUUUUUGUUUUUUUUUUAGAAAAUCAAUGUUUUCUUAAAUUCUUAUUGCCUUAAUUUUCUCAGACUUUGGGGAAAAAAAGACUGCAUAGUGUUACAUUCUUAAAAAAUGAUUUGAGGUGUUGUGGGAGCCUCAGAGAGGAGAGCAAAGCUAUCUGUACAGGUUUAAAAAAAUAAUUCCAUUUGUAUGAAAAUGAUAAGUGGCGAGGUGCAGAAAAUGUCAAUGGAAUAUAUGAAAAAAAUGUGUGUAUUUUUAUUUUGAAAGAGUUGAUCUCCAGCUUCCUGGGCAUUGAGGUUGGAUGUAAUGGAGGGGAGAGAAAAUCUCAUUUUGUUGUUUUCAGGUUUGGGGGAACUUUCAUUGCUGUCAUAAUGUUUUUUUAUGCUUUUUUUGUCUCACAACAGAGAACAGAAAAACCUUCAUCAACAACCAAAUUUCAAAUGAUAGGGUUUCUACAUGUGUGAUAAGCAAUAGUUUCAGUACAGCUGUCAACAGUUUCUUGAGUCUUUGACAACAGUUGAACAAACGCUGCCGGCAGAUGGCAGAUUUUAUACCAAAGACAAAGAAAUGACAUAGAAAUCUUCCUUUUGUUUGUUCACCUUUUCCCUUUUAAAAGUGAAAUACAUUUUUGCUUAUCAUGAUUUUGACCUAUAAGAUGCCGCAUCUUGGCUUAUGAGAUUAAAAUAAAACAUGCAGUAAUUCUUUAACAUAACUGCCUCAAUAAGAAGUGAAGUUUAAUUUGUCAUAUUGAACUCAUAAUGAAUUAAGAUCCACAGCUUUCUCUACAAAAUUGUGCUUUGUAAUAUUAUCAACUAUUAUUAUUUUCAUCAAACUGAGAUGCUGAAAAUGAAUCGACAUUUUGUUAAAAAGGACACAAAACAAUGUAAUUUAGAAUACAAACUGAACAUUUAGAAAAUGCAUUUGUUCUUUUAAAGCAUCGUACUGAUGUGUAGUUAUACCCAGCCAGCACCUUAACUGCAGAAGACAGCAGCCAGAAAUAAAAAUAAAUUAACAAUAUUUUUACUUUAGAACAAAUUGAAUAGAAUAUAUUGCCUAUCAAUAGAAAAUCAGAACCCAAGCCUGUCCAUCAGCCUAAUAAAAAAAACAACAACAAAAAAAAUCACAUGAAUGUUCGUUGUAAAGUUUUGGAUCAUUUUACUUAUUGAAAACAAUCAAUUCUAAUCAUAAUUCUUAAUAAUUAAAUGAUAAUUGGGCGGUUUAUCUAAGUAUAUGUCUAUUAUAUUGUCAUGUAUUGAACAGUUUAAUUUAAUGUUCAACUCUCAAUAUAAAAUGGAUAUUAAUAAAACAAUAUUUUUUAAUUGGAUAAUCAAGCUUGAUCAGCUGUAUAAUGCAAAUAUUUGGGGUUAUGUUUUACUGCGUCAUAAAUGCAAAGACUUUCUCAAAUAAUAAAAAUCUGAGAAAAAAAAACAGACUUAAACAUAAGAGAGAUUAAUACAAUCAAGGUAGUUACAUUAAUAAGGUUGUGGUUUAUUAUAAUUUGGAAAAUCAGAACUUUACCAGCUGUUUUUAAAAUAGAGAUAUACUCUCUAUUGAGUAAUAUUAUUUUACAUGUUUGCAGGUUACUUGUUAUAUUUAAUUAACAGUACAUCACUUUUAACAGCUAAAUAAAUUUGUGUUCCUGGGCUAUGACUUGUGGACAUAUACCAUUUUCACUCAGAGAUGUUUUGUUGAUUUUUAUGUCCUGUAUAAACUCUCUAAAUAGUUAUCUUAAUUUCUUUGUUACAAUUUUCUCAGAUUCUCCAAACUGAGAUUACUCUAAUUGCUGUCUGCUGCAGUUAAGAUACUGACUACACAUAAGUACUGCCCCUCUAUAACAAACAAACAGAACUUAAACUGUUUCGUGUGUUUUUCCAAACGCAAUCUUUUAACAAAAAAGGGCACUUUUACAUAGCAAAAUCCUUUCAGUUUAUAAUGGUCUUCUACAAGGGCAGAACAUUUUUUUGUGCUAUUUUUUUAUUUUUACUGGCUUUUGACAAUUACUUAAAUUUAAGCUGCUAAACACUUUUCAGUAUUGGGGAAAGAUGUAAUCAUGUGUCAUGUAUGUAUGGAAAAAAAUGCACCAUGAGCAUUAAAACAACUUGUAAUUUCAAGCCAGACUGAAGAUUGAAGAAGAAAUUAACAGAAUAUUUUUUGAGUGCGAGUGCAUCAGAUGAGCAGAAAAAAAAAAAAAAAAAGCUGACUUCAUGCUGUGGUUCACACUGGUUCUGACUCCACAUCCUUGUUGACCUAUCCCCCAAAAUCAAUCCAACUGGAGGCCGAAAAACAAGAAGGACGAAGAAAAACUGAUUUAACCAAAACAAGGUAAACUCAAACGUCUCAUGGAAAAUAAACGAUCACAAAUAAAAGAGGAGGCCGAGAAAAAAAAAAAGGUAAUAUUUAUGAGUUGUUUCUUUUUUGUACAGGUGAGUAAAAGAAGAAGAAAAACUUUGAGGAUGCUAUUUUUUUAUUUGUUUUGUCACAUGCCUCCAAUGUCUUUCAAAGUUGUGAUUUGCAGAGUGUCUGUAGAACCAGUGGGUGUUGCUGUAGAUUCACAAGUGUUUUUUCAGUUUUUUUGUUUUGUUUUCUUAUUCAACAGAAAUUUCAAUAAAUUUUUUUAA